AUGUUGAAAGCCAUUUCGGAUACGUCGUUCCUUUCAGCCGCUGAAGCUCGACUUCAAGUCUUGCAACCCGAGCUACGGACCCUGCCUUCACUGGAGCAACUUGGCCAGUUUGUACAAGAAGUGCUGACAACCAAAGUACUAUUUCCGCAGUUUUUGUACAAUGAAAUUUCUAGGGCACCAAUGUUGUCACGGACGGCCACUUCAAACCUUUUGGAUAGUUACUUUGUUCCAACUGAUGCCAUAAUCUGCAACUAUGUGUAUCAUGCCACCAUCUCAUCAUGGCUUGCUCCUGAUUUUGAGCAGUGA